AUGUCGCUGGGAAAUUUCCACAAACUGCUCCGAUUCGGCUUCGCGUUUUCCGUAUCGCCUUGGUACGAUCCUGGCAAAAGGGCUUUCAAAUACCGAACGUUCAAUCGGGCGUAUUCGGCCUGUUUGAUCGGCUUUUUCCUCGCCUCGUACCUCUUCGGUUUGGUCCACUUGGAGUGCAACAACAAAUCCGGUUUUCUCGGCGGGAAAUUCGCAUCGCUCGAAAUAAUCAGCACGAGCUCGAUGGCCACGAUGUAUCUGUUAUUCAGGCUGAAUCGCAGGAAAACGAACGCCUGGAGGCGUUUACUGGACAAUUUAUUACUUGUGGAAGAGAUUUUGUACAGCGCCUUUGGUGUUACUCUCACCGAAAGUUUUAAUUAUCUGCUCAUUCCUACUCAGUUAACAGUAGUGGUGGGUUAUUUGUGGUACUACAUUUAUUACGCGGAAAAUGUACAGACGUUUGGAAAGAGCCAGGGAAAUGCUUUCGAGAAGUUCAUUUGGUUGGACAUUUCCAGGUGUAUAUCGCUCUUGGUGUGCCUCAUUUGCGGUGCUUUGAUGAAGAUUUCGCGCAUGAGAUUCGUAGCGUUGAACGAGGAAAUGAAAAGGAUGCAACUAACUGGGCGAAAUAGAAAUAUCAAGGCUUUGAAAGUUUGCUACGGGCGAUUGCUGGACAAUAUUCGAUUGUACAACGAAAUUUUCGGGAGUUUUAUAUUUUGCUCGAUCGUUAAAACCACUGUAGAGUUCCAAGGGUUCCUCACGUAUUUUAUACAGUACGAAUAUUUCAGCGGGUUACAUCCAAUUAGAUAUGUUUACAAAUCCGGGAUGAGCAGCUUUCUAUCCUGGUUUUGCAGCGUCUACACGAUAUUCUCCUGCGAUUCCGUCGCUAAAGAACUGGCCGAGACGAGGAGAAGCUGCUUCGAAUUGUACUUGAAAAGCCUGGAUGAUUGGUCGAUCGAUUCCCAACAGGAUAUAUCGGACGUUCUGGAGCUUCUGGCGAGCGAUCCAAAAUUCUCGGCGGGGAAUUUCUUCGAAAUCCGAAGGGAAGUCGUCCUGAAUAUGCUCAAUGUCGCUACGGCUUAUGUACUGGUGACAGUGCAAUUAAAAGGGAAGAAUUGAAAGGGUUUAAUGUGUGAUUUAGAAUAAAAACGAGUGGAUUAUAAAAAGUAAUUGAGUAUUUAUUUCGUUUAAAUAAA